AUGUCAUUGGUUCUGCCGUUACGAUUACUACUUUUGGGGGCUCCCGGGUCGGGCAAAGGAACCCAGACGUCUAGAUUGCUCAAGCGUUUCUCCAAUUUGCAUUCUUUGUCUUCUGGUGAUAUUUUGCGGGCACAAAUAGCCGCUAAGAGUGAAGUUGGAAAUAAAGCCGCCGAGUUUAUCAAAAAUGGAAAGCUUGUUCCGGACUCUACUAUGGUGGAACUCAUAAACACUGAGCUUGAACUGAGAGGGUGGCUCAACGAAGCCAGUAGCUGGAUUUUGGAUGGAUUUCCACGAACCAGAACUCAAGCCGAAGCGUUGCGUAAGGUGUUAAUUCCUCGAAAAGCUACUGUAAAUAUGGUAGUUGAGCUUGACGUGGACCAAAAUGUUAUCCUUGAGAGAAUUGAGGCUAGGUGGGUUCAUGUUCCUAGCGGAAGGGUGUACAAUUUGGACUAUAAUCCACCUAAAGUUCCAUUCAAAGAUGAUAUUACAGGUGAACCUCUCACGAAAAGAUCAGAUGACACUGCAGAGGUGUUCCAGAAACGGCUUGAUCAGUAUAAUCUGGAAUUGGGUCCGCUUAAGGAGUUCUACCGUGAUCUUGGAGUCUUACAUCGAGUUAGUGGAAAUACGUCUGACACGAUAUACCCCAAGUUGGAAAGGUUGAUCCUCGAAAAGGACAAGAAGAAUGAUAUAUAA